UUAUAUUUUAGUGGAGUAUAACCUGUCUAUGCGAUUUUUACAAACAAAUUUUGUAACAUAAUUGACAUUAAUAACUCGUAUCUUAAUUGUGUAAAUUACGACUUUCCAGAUGUCAUGGAUUCUGGCGGUUUACCAGGCAUUCAACAAGAAGUGGAGGUGUGCUACUGUGGCAAAGGUCGUAACCUGGGCUCUGCGGAGUUACAGUGUCAGACAUGCUCUAAAUGGUACCACCAGGACUGCACUGGCUGCAACAUCGGGUCAAGCAUCCCAUUCAUGUGCAACUACAUCUACCAGUGUAAGCAUUGCGGUCCCAAUGGGCUUGAGAGCUUCCAGAAGAAACUAGCCAGCUUCCAGCAGAUCUGUUACACAACUCUAGCCAACUUGACAUACAUGUUCAGAGAUGAAAACAGGGUGAUGUUCUCAAGAGACAGGGAGAUCAUUCCAUUUGUUGAGAAGCACUGGGAGAUGAUGACCACGAUGCCUCGCAGGAUUAAGUCGACCUGGCACACCACGGUCAACAAAACACUGGCUAAAGAAACAGACAUCUUCUUUGGCAACGAAACUGCAGCAGGGGACACACAGUUCGGCCUUCUCAACUCUGACUUGUACAAGGUUACGCCAGCGUUUGAGAUUUUAACAAAGAGUAAUACUCAAAUACAGGCUCCCCAGAGACCAGGCGUACCUGUCGAUAAGGGUCUGAGGGGCCAGAAGAGGAAGGCUAACCAGGAGACAGUCCAGGUCACCAACAACAAGGCCAAGAAAGGUGAGAUGUUGAACAUAACACGACUUGCCCCUCAUGGAUAUCCGACCGAGCAUCCAUUCAACAAAGAUGGUUACCGGUACAUUUUGGUUGAGCCCGACCCCCACGCACCCAACCGGCAGGCGUAUGAUGACAGCAUAGAGUGGGCAGGCAAGCCCAUACCCGGGUACCUGUACAGGACAUUCAUGGGCUCAGAGGUCCUCCUUGCACUACAUGACAGAGCCUCACAGUUGAAGAUUUCAGAAGAUCGCCUGUCUGUCACUGGGGAGAAGGGGUACAGCAUGAUACGAGCCUGUCACGGGGUGUCUCGAGGUUCCUGGUACUAUGAGGUACACGUGGAUGAGAUGCCUGAAAACACAGCCACCCGCAUAGGCUGGGCACAGCAGCAAGGAAACCUGCAGGCGCCAUGUGGCUAUGACAAGUUCAGUUAUGCCUGGCGCUCCAGGAAAGGCUCCAAGUGUCACCAGAGCAUCCUGAAGCUGUACAGCGCCCCCUACAGGGAGGGGGACACCCUGGGAUUCCACAUCUACCUGCCCGAGCCAGACGACCCUCACCAUCUUGUGCCGGCAUCUCACAAGGACCAGCCUCUGGUGAAGUUCAAGAACCACUUGUACUAUGAGGCAAAGGACCAUGUGGGAGACGCUGAGAAACUCCUGAAAAUCAAGCCUGGCAGCAAGAUAGGGUUCUACCUGAAUGGCAAGUUUCAAGGCGUGGCAUACGAGAAUCUGUAUGGGGGAACCUACUACCCUGCCAUUUCCCUUUACAAGCUGGCCAAGGUUACAGUGAAUUUCGGUCCAACGUUCAAGUAUCAGCCAGAGAAAUUACAGAAGUUUGAGCCUAUGUCCGAUGCAGGCCAGCUGUGUGUGGUGGAGACCACACUCUCAGAGAUUUUGUUCCAUGUAGAGAAUGAGGGGAGACUACCAGACUUCCAGAACUGACUUGCCACCUAGAGCAUCAACAAAGUAGCGGGACUUGAAACUUGGCCACAUCACACAGGACUUACCUGGGUCAAUAAAUGCAUUUGACCACAUUCAACUUCACUGCGAGGAAUCCUUUGGGGGAAAACAAUCAAUUUGUAAUGGUUAAAAUGAAGACCCAUUGGAAAUUUAUUUUGCGAAAUGGGAGCUGAGUUAAUGUUUUUAGCAGAUUUGAUUAAAAAUCAGUUAUUUU